CUGACUCUCUUUACCCCCUGACACCAUCAUCGAUCUCUCACGAUGUUGAUUAAAAUUUCUACCCUCCUUCUUUGCGGCUUCUUGGCGUUUGCGAAUAUAUGUGCGGCUGAUAACGAUAUUGUAAUCUCUCUCACAACUUCUAUCGGCAACCUUUUCUCAACGCCAUAUAAAGACAUUAAUGAUAUGCUAUCCGAUACUCAACAAAUCGACUUGGAUAGGGUGGACUGGGUGGUUCCUGAAAGCCUUGUACGACUACGACAAGCACCCGAUCAAUUGAAGGAGCUGGCUGCUGUUCUAGAAAACCUCAAAUUUCUGACAGAAACGUACGACAAAUUGGGUGGCCCUUGGACUGUGACAAACAAGAGUCCAUUAGUAGUUCCUGAUGGAGACGUCCACCAGUAUACGAGCUGGGCAAGGUACUUCUGGCCCGUCAAUAGCACAAUACCAAAUAAAUCAUCGAACAUGCAGAAACGAAGGAUGAAGCGUGAUACGACCGAUAACAAUGACAAAGCAAGUGGAUUUGCGACCACAAACACCACUUCAACUCCAGAGAACUCAAAGAAGGUUGAAACACCUGAUUCCAGCAAUGACUAUGCUCAGAAACCGGUUGACAAUGGCUUGAGUCAAAACAAAACCUCCUCUGCUAGCGCCGCCAGCAAAGAUCAAAAACAAGACUCUGGUGUAAAGACAGAAAGCAAAGAAACUUCCAAGACUGAAGCAAAGCACAACAACAGUACGCUCGCAAAAGCAGAGACCAAUAAAGCUCCCACCACAGCUGAAGUGGGACAGAACAAGACAUCUCCAGCAGUAGGACAAACUUCGGCACAAGUCAAUGCGACCAAGCCAGUGACUGGUGACACAAGCACGAAUGAAACUUUUCCUGAUUAUUGCGCCAAUCCUGAUGCCGAGCAAGACAAAUUGCUGGUGUGGAAGAAUUGUCCAUACAAAAAUUUUGACGGACAAACGAAUCCAGACAUAGAAUUGCUCAGCGAUCCAACUGUUUUACGAUCUGCUUGCAGAGCAGCUUUUUUGAAUGCAGUUCUGUACGUUUUAACGGGAGAUAUGAAAUAUGGAAAGCGCUCGUCUUUGAUUAUUCGAUACUUCUUCCUUGAUGAAGCAACCGCCAUGAGACCGCAAAUGAAAUAUGGUCAAAUAAUUCGUGGUCCUGCUCGGAAUGGAUCAGAUAAUAAUUGGACGAUUGGUACCUUUCGCGGUCUUGUUGAUUCACGCCAUUUGGUGAAAGCUUGGAAUGCUGUGAUCAUCUUGAGAGAGACGAAAUGUUCGCCUUGGACACAAUCAGAUGAUGCUAAAAUGCGGCAAUGGACACAACAGUUCUCCGAAUGGUUAUUGAAUGAUCUUGACGUCUCAAUCACGGCAAGAAGCAAAAAGAACAAUAUUAAAUCUUGGUGGUACACGCAAGCAAUUGCGUCAAAUGUCUUGAUUGAGAAUCGAAAUAUGACAAAUUCAUUGAUUGAUAAAUAUUUCCUCGAGGAUUUCAUCGGACUUAUUGACGCAAAAGGUGAUCAACCAAAUGAAACGAACCGAACUCGACCUGCUCACUAUCGUGCAUUUGGCAUUGAGCCUAUGAUUGUGAACGCACGUUUGUCAGCCUUUGUUGGUAAGAAUGAAUGGGCAGCAAAGUCAAACGUGUCAACAACCAUCAAUGAUGCGAUCAAAUUUUGCCUCGGUGUUGCAACACAGAACUCCACCAUGGUAGAAAAGGCAGAAUUAGCACCCCACGUUGCUACUGCUUUAGCCGUUUAUGGCGAUACAACCGAUCAACUCUAUCAAAAGUAUUUGGACAAUAAUGAAGCAUACGGAGAUGUGCAAAAGAAUACUACUUGGAGACUUUUUAAUCGACCUGAUGCUUUUAAUGCAACUUUAUACCCUCCUUGAUACCCAUUGCUAC